GAAGGUUAUUAAGACCAAUUACCCUACAAAAUUAGUGAUAGAGUGAGGAUAAUUAAGGAAAUUUGGUGUGGGGUGUGAUUCGUAGGUGAGUUACUCCCUCCCGCCAACACAUUUCAUUGCCCUCUCUUGUUUUCAUUUUCGUCCCCUUUCCCUCUUUUUGAAUUGAAUAAGUAGAAGAAAGAGUGUUGCGAAGAAGAUUCGAGAAGAAGAAGAAGAAGAAGAAGGAGGAGGAGGAUGAGCGCGGUGAAUAUCACGAACGUGACGGUCCUCGACAAUCCAGCUUCGUUUCUCAAUCCCUUUCAGUUCGAGAUUUCCUAUGAGUGUUUGGCCGCUCUCAAAGAUGAUUUGGAAUGGAAGCUCAUCUAUGUUGGAUCUGCUGAGGAUGAGACUUAUGACCAGUUAUUGGAGAGUGUCCUUGUUGGUCCUGUCAAUGUUGGAAACUAUCGCUUUGUUUUACAGGCAGAUCCACCAGACCCAUCCAAGAUUCGUGAAGAAGAUAUCAUUGGUGUUACAGUGCUUCUACUCACCUGCUCUUAUUUGGGUCAAGAGUUCAUUCGUGUUGGCUACUAUGUCAACAAUGACUAUGACGACGAGCAGCUCAGAGAGGAACCUCCAACCAAGGUUUUAACAGAUAGGGUUCAAAGGAACAUCUUAUCUGAUAAACCAAGGGUCACUAAGUUCCCCAUCAAUUUCCAUCCUGAGAACAAUGAAAAUGAAGAACAACCCCCUCCCUCCGAGCAACAACCUGAAACUGGAGAAGAAGAAGAUCCACUUGCUGCACCGGAUACCAUUCCCCCAAAUGAGGGGGGUUCUUAACAUUUUGUUGGUAUACAGGCUUUUCAAUUCCCCAAUGUCCAUCUUUACAUUACCUGUAUGGAUUAAUUAAGAUACUUUUUGUGAAUCUCUUAUGGAUAAAGUUGAUGAUAUAAUUCAUGAGUUCUAUUGGAAGUCUUUGAAUGACUAGGUUCAAGAUGUUUGCAAUGUGCGAAAACAAGUUACUAUCCACAAAUUGUUGCUAUACAAAUCCAAUUUCGUUGGAUCUAGCAUUUCAUAUUAUGAGCUAAGAAGCUUUGAAGUAUUUUUUAGUUUUUA